CUUACUAAGCUGAUGAAUAAGGACAGAUGAAGCACCUGCCUUCGGACUGAUCGUUACAAAGUAAUCUCCUUUGCCGUGCCAUCGAAUCUUGGUCAUGUUCGAUUUUGUGCAAAGUGCACAAACGGGACCACUUGCACUAGCAAACAUACUAAUAGGUGUUUCCUUUUCGGAGACAGAUACCCAUUGAACAGCUUUGGAUGCUUUGGCCGAGCUUACAUUACCUCCACGUUUUGCAGACGAAAGAAGGGCUCCUGUAAUCUCUGCGUUACGUUGCCCCUCGGUUCCAGUAGCAAUUACUAUGGCACACUUUCCGACAGCUGCCAAAAGACAGUGAUGAGCACGAUUAGGGUUCCAUUCCAAAGCAACAACAGGCUUCACACUUUCACUUCCAGUGCUCUCCUCCCAUUCGUCGUCGGCUGACAAAGCAACUUUCGAGACAUUCCAGCUCUUGAGUAGGCGGCCCGUUUCUACCUCCCACAACCGAACAUAUCCAUCCGAAGCCCCGCUUGCCAUGAAUUUACCAUCAGGACUUGGAGUGACACAUCGAAUCAUUGGUGGUUCGUCACCUUCGUGAGGUGUUUUGUACUGGAUACACUUGGCAGUCGGGAAGGGUCUCAAGUCGCUUGCCUUUGGAAGUUUGGGAACAAGACUUUCUGGAUCAAUAUUCAAUCUACGUUUCAUUUGACGAGGACAGAGAUAAAGAUCAAGACAACGUUCAAACGUUUCUCGUACAGAAUGUUCGUAAGCACCAACGGAUCGUAGAUUGGGGAAUUUCUUGGGAACCAACAAACCAUGAGGACGAUCUUUGACUUCCAUUUGCUCCCACUCCUUGAUUUCGUCUUCGGUUGGAAUAUAUUCAUCCGGUGGAAUGUAUGAUUCGGCAUGACCGGGAGGCGGAAGUUUCGGUGCUGCAAUGUGUUGAGGACCCUUCCUCAUAUUGAGCUCGUCUUCUUCACCACCAGUCCACAUGAGGAACGGUUUGUCCUUGUCUUUACUGCUCUUAUUAGCAUCAUUCAUAUCUCGGAUCUUUCCGGUGAGAUAAUCCAUGUUGAUAUCUCCCUUAUCAAGCUUUCGAAGGAGCUCGUCCACCUGCAUUUUCUCCCAUUUACUCGGCUGAAAUUUUGACUUAGGUAACGUUCGAUUAGAGUUGAUACCUGAGAGCUCUGGAUCAACUCCACUAAAAUAGUCAAUGUAUUCAGCAUUGCCAUCAAAUUCUGGGUGAGCAUAUGCUCCCCCCUGAAUUCUCCUAAUAAGCUCCAGCUGACGAGGAGUGAGAGCGACAUUCUUAUCGUUAAGAGCAUCAUGAACCAUAAAUCGAUCUUUUCCUUUACUAUCAGCAUUGGAAAGCGCCUGAUCGACACGAUUUCCACCAAUGCUAGCAGUCUUGAUAACCUUUUUUCCAUGAGCAUCAUAUCCAAUAUGAUCGUACUCAUCAUACCAAUGGAGAGGUACCCUUCCGAUACGAUUUCCGGUCCCAUCUUCAUCUUCAUCAUCUGAGGAAAAAUCAUCCGUAUGCAUCCAUUUUGCGCUCUUCUCGGUGUUGUUAGAUUCUGACGGCUCGCUUUUUUGUCCGGAAAUAGUCCUUUUUCCUGUGUUCCAUUUCCUCGGUGCUGUUUCAUAAGCAUUUGACAUAUUGUCCUCCAGCUUCUCCAUACCGUCGUCAGAUUCAUCAUCUUCCUCCUGUUUUUCUAACAAAUCUUCGUCCUCAUCCGACGAACCCUGAUCUUCGAAUUCUUCUUCAUCACUCUCAUCUACGCCAUCUUCGUAAUAAGGAACAUCCGAAUCGUAGACGCUAUCCUCAUCAUCAGUGUUCUCGUCUUCCGACCCAGAAUCGACUGGAGAAAGACUCGGAGUCUCUUCCUCCUUCCUUGACUUCUUUUGCGCCAUGAUUGGUAUGAUUCCUAUUCUCGAUGAAAGAAAAUGAAUAAAUCGUCAGUUCAACGAGAAGAAAAUGUGAGGCAGAAAGAAUGUGCUGUUGUUUCUUUAAAUUGCUCGUCAAAUUCAUUCAUUUCUCUGUUAUCACUGGGCCCUGUUUUUGGUGAUUGGUUGUUCGUUGAGAUGAUUGCGGUGGUCUGUCGUUGCCCGUUUGGGGGGAGGGGGGGGAGGCAACGAAUCAAUCAUCAUCCAAAUCGAAUCGUUAAGGGGGAAACGGGGACCGCAACCUCGUACCGGCCCGUUGGUACAAACCCUUUGCGGACGUGUGGAACGAAUCUGAGACAAGUUCACAAAAUGCACCAGUUUUUACUAAUUGAAGCUACUAACAUGAGAAGUAGCUAAUCAAUGUCAUGGGAGGAGAAUAUGAUCAGAAACAACAAAUAAAUGGAAUAAUGCUAGAAUUAAGAUUUUCAAGAACUUGAAAAACCAAGUAAUCAACCAAGUAACAAGUGUUGGAAGAUGGCUCACAAGUAGCACACAUACUGUGACACAUUGGUGGUGUGCAUUAUCCAGCCAAGAACCAUCCAAUGAGAAUGCAUAAAUAUGUUUCAUGUAGCUCAUAUAUGCUGCAUCUCCAGGUGGAUGCAAAAUGAGGUUGGUGGAUAUGCAACCACAAAAUAUCACCACUGUGGUUCUCCAAAAGCUGAUGGAACUGUUUCCAAUAACCAAUGUGGAUGGAAACAACAGUCAAAUCAAUGAUGAAAAUGUGUGUGACAAAGCUGCAGUCAGCUGUGUUCCACUUCUUUGUGUACCAGGACCAUCUACUAAUCAUUUAAUUUCAAUGAUCUAACCAACAAGAUAUUAACCACGAUUCAUACAAGCUAUUAUAUUUAACCUUUUGAACUAGUAGAAGAGGCACUAUAGGGCCAGAACCAUAGCUUUUGGUGUAAAGUAUGCUUCUAGCUGCUCCAAGGGGCGGCACUUCCUCCCUCCAAGGAGUUUUGGUGGAACUGUGACCAAUCUAGUUGAAGGCGUGACCAUUGAGGACACCAAUAAGAACAAGACCCUACUCAACCAGGCUUGGCUUGAUAUGGCAAGGCAAACUGCAAAAAAGUUUGAGCAGUACUAUGAGGAGGAGCCCAAGAACCUUAUUUCAUCCAUCAAGGGACAACUCAGUCCUGGAGUCAAGCAGCCACAGCUAAAGGCAAAUAAGGAGUGGGUGGACAUUGAGCAUGAACAAGAUACACUAUACUGCUAGUACCACAAUAGCAACACCAUGGUGCAUCCAAUGAUCAGUACAGAAAGAAAAUAAACAAGUUUCUAUCCUACAAGCAGGAUCACAGGAAGGAAGUGGCGACAUUUGUAGAAGGAACAAGAAAGAUCAGGUUCAAUGCCCUUAGUAAGUCAGCUGGAAUAAAGGUAUGGUCUGAGGAGAUGAUCAAGUACAUCCUGAACAAACAGUUCAAAGGGGAAAUCCUGUUGGAGUCUUAUCAUAGUAUGGAUAAGGAGGGACAGAAGCCAAUUGAUGAAGUAAUGGAGCAGACACUCCUUUCAAUUGUGAUCACAAACAGAUGGCACAUAGAGGCACAUAGAAACCUUGCUGGAGUUCAUAAGGACAGCUACAGCGUGGGAACAGAUGCCUACUCAUCCACACUGCCUAAGGCUCUUGAGCUGCUGAAUCAAUACAGAGUUGUCAGCAUGCCCAAGUCAAAUUGAUCAAUGGUAGGCCUGCUGGUAAACAGGAUAGCAACAACACCUGCAAAGAUAAAGCUGGUGGGGUUAAAAAAGAGUUGGAAGGAACAGUGUUUGUGACCAAAGGAACACCCAAGAAAGAGGGCAGACAAGUCACCAUUCAAGAAGCAACUCAAGUCUUCAUGGACACUGUCAAGGAAGGGGACAUCACUGAUGAAAUGUUCUUCAUCCAAAGGAGCAAACUUAUAGUGCGCAAGGAUGGUGCUGAAUUUAAAUCUGAGGAGACAAGCACAUUUCUGUCCCUAAUUUACAUGAGUGUCAACAAAUUUGACAGCUACUGUGACAUGCUAGAGUUCAGUGAACAGAAGUGCAGGAGUGAGCACAAACAAGCAAAAAGACCCUCCCCAUAGAAACAGACAGGAUACGAUACCAGAUCCCCCAGGUGAGUUUGAAGAAGUCCUGACAUACCACCAGAGCAAACCAACAGAAGCCACAGUGCACUACCACAGUAAGACAAUGGAAUCAUUUCAGUUUGCACAACCCAAUGGCAGAAUGAAAUGAAACUCGAUACUGUUGGACAGCCAGACAAAAUUCAACUGUAUAUGCAACCCAUGGCUCCUAUGGAACAUAGGAGUCCACCCCAAAGGGGACCAGUGGAUUUGGACCCACUAAAAUGCUGGGAGUGUUUUGAUAGACAAGGUUGGAGACUUCUUCCCCUAAUUUGGUACGCUGUGGUAUCAUGAAGGAGGGUUGGCAAAUGUGCUGUCCCUAGGACUUGUCUCCAAUCACUACAGGGUAAUAUUGGAUACCUCAAUUACGCAGUCCUUCUUUGUCCAUAAGCCUGAUGGGACCACAGGACAAUUCAACAGGACACCAUAUGGACUGUAGUAUGCAUGUGACCUCAUGGACUUGAGUGGGGUGAUACUGACAGUGACCACAGUAAAAGGACAGAAGCACUUUUAUUCCAAUUUAGACCUCAAGCAAGCAAAGACAGCAAGGAAGCUACAGGACAAACUUGGGUUCCCAAGCCUGAAUGCUUUCCUGCACAUGAUUGGCAACAACAUCAUCAUGAACUGCCCAGUCAAGAGGCAGGAUCUUCUGAUGGCAAAGGAAAUUUAUGGGGUGAACACCAACAUCAUAAAAGGAAAGACUGUCCAAAGAAGAGUAGAGCACACUUGGGAGGACAUUGAGGCAGUGCUGAUUGCCAUAAUUUAGCACUAUUGCAAUAUCAUGCUCAGAAUAUAUGUCUACACUGUCAAUAAAAUAAAGUUAUUUAACUUGAUAUCCAAACACCUCUUUUAGAACAAGUGAAACCAUCCCUGACUCAAAUCAGGAUACAAUAUUGGGGUGUGUGAAGUCCAUCAUUGGAUUCUACACAGCUCAAGGCUUCACCAUGGUGCAACUGUUUGAAGACAACAACUUAAACUGUCUCAAGGAUCUGCUCCUGGAGCUGACCUCACCUGUGCAGUUCCAAGAGGCUACCCCAGAUACCCAUAUGCCAUCCAUUGAAUGGGACAACAGAGCAAGCAAAGAAAGGGUUUGAUGCACCUUUGUGUUGAUUCCUUUAAUGGCAAUGCUGCCAUGAAUGAUUAUUGAGCUGGUGAAUGUACUAGUUGACUACUACUACUAGUUAAAUUUCUGGUACAAUUCCAGUGGAGUGUUGUCAAUAAUCUCCCCUUGGUAGCUCCUCAUUGGGGCUUGCCUGGAUGCUCAGAAGCACCACUGUUGAUUUUAAUUUGGGGAUUACUAUAAGGAAAGUACUAGUGAUAACUCUAUGGACCCUGUGUUCAGGAUGCCAUACAUCUACAACCCAAUAGGGAUGCGGAAAGGUGCAUUGUUCCUCUUCAAUCUUGCCACUGAAAGGCACAUACACAGGAAGACAGCAACUCCAGCACAUAUGGCUUACACUGUAAUUGCUUGUGUCAAGAAAAUUGCUCAGAAACAGAACUCACCAAAAGGCCUGACAUAUAUAGAUGACAAUGGCCACACUACAAUAUUGGAUCUGGACACAGAUGCACUGGAAUCUAAUGAGGACGCCUAGCAUCAGUCUUUUGUUCCAUCUGGGGACAACACCCCAAUCACCUCAGACCUCUCAGGAGUGGUCAAUACCAACAAAGAAAUCUCUACAGCAUUGGCUGGUGGAGAGGACUCCAUGGUCAGUUCCCCCAACAGUGACAAUAGGUUUAAUGGGGAUAGCUCAAAUAAUGAUACUGAGGAGUGUCCUGUGGAGGAUGCUACCACUACAAACGUGAUCAGUAGGAAUGGGCCUAAGACUAUGUGUAACAGUACUCACCAACACAGUAAUCCAUGCAGUCCCACAACUUUUAGAGAAAACGUGGACGGCACACUUGGCAAAUGACUGAAUGAACAUGAUUCUGAUGAGCCUAACAUCCCCAAUGACCUGUCAGACUCCMAAGACUACAACAGAGGCAUACAUGAUUUUGAUGAACCCAGCAAGCUGGAGGACCCUGACAUAUGCAUCCAAGACAAUAAGACGCUGGAUAAUGUGGAAGCAGAGAGCAGCAGUAGUCAUAACAAUAACAGUACCUGUAGUAGCAAUACAAUUCACAAUAAUAACAAUGUUGGGGAACAUGGAAACAGAGCUAAUGAAGCCAGCAUUGCUAACCCAGGUGAGGAUGAUAAUGUCUUACCCCAUCCAGGCAACAAAGAGGAGCCCACUGGGAGAUGAGGUCUUCAACCACAGGUAGUAAGAAGAACACACAUAGAGUUUGGAAGCAGUGAGGGGUUUGCCCCAACUAUUCAUCACAUGAUGAGUGCAUUGACCACACACCACAAGUGUUUCUUCACAGCAGGUUUUGGAGAAGCAAUGAACAAAGUACAGAGGAAGUAGAACAACCAAUACAUGUUUAUGGUUACUGCAUAGCCAAAUACAACAGCAUUGAUGCCUCUCUGGUAACAAAGCAGUAUGGCGUGAAAGUAAGCCUGAAGAGAUUUGGAACCUCAGAAGUGGAGGUGGUCCUGAAGGAGUUGAGGCAGUUGCACAACUGCAAGGUGGUCAGGCUGGAACACAUCAGGGGCAUGACCAAGAAGGAAGCCCUGUCAUAUCUUGUUAAUAUGUUUCUGACAAAAAGAAAAAUGUGCGGAACAAGUAACAAAGGAUAUGGCAGUGCUGAUGGGCAGUCCCAAAGGGAGUUUAUAUCCAAGGAAGACUCCUAUUCUCCCACUGUAUUGCUACCUGCCCUCAUUUCUUCCUGCCUCAUCAAUGCAAUUAAGGGGCGCAAUGUGGCCACAGCAGACAUCCCCCACAUGUUCAACCAGACAGGGGUCAGACUAACUUUAGGAGGUGUGUGCAAAGACACAUCAAAACUUGUCAUAUUCCAUCCUUGGCAGGAAUGAGAAAAAUUUGAGCUCAAGGAUUUUUUAAUUUCCAAUUUCCUGGAUAAUACUAGUAAAACUAUCCUACCUUUAAGCAGUUACAACUUUAUCAAAAACACUAUUAUUUUAAUUUUUCAGCACUGUACUGCUGCGUAUGCCAGUUUUUAAUGAGGAUUCUGAAUCUGGCAAUAUUUUCAGUAGCAAAUGGAAUGUUACUGUACCUUUUUAUAUUUUAAAAAUCCACAUGAAAAUUAUUAGUAGUACUACUAUUAGUACUACCACUUGUAGUAGGUGGAAGAGGGCAUUAGUACUAGACUAGUAGUAGGAGUAGUACUAGUACUAGUAAUGGUGGUGGUAGUACUACAAAUUUUGACACAGCGGCAGUAUGCUAACAACACUGUACUAGUGUAAACAAUACAUAGUAAUUUACUUGAUCUGCUGCUAGUAGUGUAGUAGUGGAGGAAGAACAGGUAGUAGUAGUAGUAUUAGGAGAUGGUGUGAAUUUGGAUUAGUCAUACUGCUGCAGCAACAACUAUUCCUACUAUAAUACCACUACUACUAGUAGCAAUGUUAUAGUUCUAGUGCAAGACCAGACCUACAGACUGCAGUGGCUUUCCUCUGCACUAGGAUGGCGGACCCUGGGAAUGACAGCUGGAAGAAGCUGAAGCAAGCCAUGGAACAUCUCAGGUCAACAGUUUUCCUCCCCACUCCUUGUCCUGGGAUGGGAUGGGAUGGGAUGGAUCUGGACAAGCAAACUUGUAUGCAUACGCCUCGUUCGCAGUGCACACUGAUAUGAAAAGCCAUCCUCGUGUCACCACCAGAGUUCUUUUCACUCAUUGGCAUUUGUUGGAAGCCUCGAACUUGUACACAGAAGUUCCUUUGCUGACAAAGCACUCAACGCAAACGAUACGGCAUUUCGAGCCGCAUUCCGCUAUGCACCCGCUGCAAUCAUCAAAGGUCUUGGGACAUAGUGAAGAUUCAAAUUGGUAUGACUGUUACGAUAAAAAUCCAAACGAAAAAAGUGAUGCAAAACUCUUCGUAAGAAUUUUUUUCCCCAAAAAAAGAUGUUUCGCCGUUAUGACUCGUAUGGUUUCAAUGGGAGAAGCACAAAGACGUUCCGAUCUCGGGAGAGAUCAUAAAACCAGCCUUAAGGACGACGAAAUAAAGUGCCGUAACGAUGCGCUCCGGCAAAACGCUAGAGGGUGCAUCAAACACGAAAUACUCUCCCAGAGUUGUCUGGACACAUGCAUCAUAGAAAAAAAGUAUUGCUACUUCUUUGACAGCACAUGCAAUGAAAAAAUGGGUAUACAUUCACUUAUUCCAUCCACCGGGCCAGAGGAAAUUCAAAUAGAAAUCUUUUGACAGCAACGUUUGGACUUGAUAGGAUCAAUCAAAACUUACAAUUUUAAGGACUGCGAUACGGUAGGCACUCUGUAACGCAAGUUUAUUUAAAGAUGAACCUGAUUCUCCGUCGGAGAAAUAAUUUUGUGUUCACUCCCUCCACGCAAUCACACACACUUGCUCUGCCCUUUGCUAGACGACAUGCCUCAUGAACGAAUUUCGUCUGGAAGGUUGUUGGGAAGGUAACAAUAUGUUUGUUGAUUUCCAAACAAUAGCGUACUAAUCCGUGUAGUAGGGACGAAAAAUCACUGUGUGCGUUGACGAUUUUCGAACACAUUUUAAAUGGAUGGUGUCAAAAAAUACCAUUACUCGUACCUUGUACGGUACUCGUACUUUACUUUCUUGUCGUAAGGGAGAGCUAAGUGUCGUACUUUACUCGUACUCAUGGCCGUUCGAAUGAACGAACACAUGGUAUGAGUAACGAGUAUGAGUACCUGUUACCUGGUACGUACCAUACGGGUAGGAUGUAGCAUGUAGGAUGUAGUGUGUACCGUAGUGUGUAGGAUAUGAGCCAGGCCCUCCGUCCGGAACCCACGCACCCAUCCCCCUUUUUCAUUCCUCCAUUACUCGUCCCGUGUCCCUAAAAUUAUUUCCAGUCAUGCACCAAUGAUAUUCCAGUCAUGCAACAAAAGAGCCCGUAGAGAGCAGAGAGAAAGAGAAAUUCCGACCUUACGUACGAGUACCAGGUAUUAUCACUACUAGCACGAGAAACGGUACCGGCACGGUUACGGUCGUUGCGCACAGAGACCAGACAUCAAUCUCGAAAAUAAAAAUAUGUUGUCAAAGCAGUACCUGGUACGGUAGUACUGCUAGUUCUUUACGAUAGGAGUAUAGUACCUCUCCGGUACGUAGUAUCUGUUGCCGCUUUUUCUGCUUUGAAAUGCUAGCUCUACCGUGGUAUCAGCACUAGUACGAGUAAUUCUAACAACAUAAUUGAGCCACUCGCGGUCAAUGGAGUACGACGAACAUCGGGGUUUGGUGUUACGACUCUUGAGAGCAAUUAACACAGUAGAUGUUUCUUCCCGCAUAAUCACAAUUUUCCCGAAGCGUGAUACAACACMGAUGCAGAAUUUACGUUUCCAUGUCGAUUAUUCGUCAAAAUAAGAAUCCCCGAUCUUGUGUAUCAGGAUCAUACUACGAUGAACAGAAUCAAGAUGAUAUGGUAGAUGAAAUUAUUGAGACCUUGUCAAAUGUACUGGAAUUUUCAUGCAUCAUAGUACGGAGUAGUGAGACAAAUGAUGGGUCCAGUGAUUACUUUAAUGACGAUCCUUGGGCGAGACUCUCGCGAUCUUUGAAAGGUUUGAUUGUUUCGUUUGGGAAACUUCAAAAACUGGUGUCGUCCGACGACACGGCCGGCACAGACAUCAAAGUCACGGCAUCCACUUUGACAAACCAGCUGCUGUUAGAUAUCGAAAAUACGAUACACCAAAUAAGAGGAAAUAUUGAAUCCGUAUCAGCAAUGCUAACAAAGGGUGUCUCGACCCAGCUGGCCACGUGCCGAAAGCUGGAGUCCAUCGGUUCCAGGAACACAAGCUUGGCAUUGCCAACACAGCUCAUUCCGAUGGGAAAAGCUCUUGCGAGCGCGAUUCAUCGACAAAAAGCAGUGUGGAUACAAAGCCAGCAGAUCAUUGAAGAUUUUGUUGAUCGCAUCUACACCAAUCAAUACAACCCUGUAGAGAUUAUCGACAAUCUUCAAAUUGUGUACAAGAGAGUAAACCGAAGGUGUAUUGAUCCCGACUCAUCUCCCUGGAAAGAAGCAUUGAGUUUACUAGAAUGCGUUGCAUCCAGUGAGACAGCGCAAAUUUUUUCAGACACAACGAAAGCAACGACGAUGGAUUCGCAUAUUGGCUGUCGAAAUGCAGUGAUUGUGAAUGCCCCGGUUCGAAAACCGAUGUGGUUGCCACCUUCACUACGACAUUUUUCCUCGUUGAACUGCGCUUCUUCGCAACUACAAAGCAUCGUAAAUAUAUUUUUUCAUGAGAGCCAGGAAAAUAAUCACGAAUGCGCAAACACCCUGUCGAUCCUAGUUGUUGGGUCGCAGGGAUCUGGCAAGACGCAUCUAUUGGACAAUAUUGCAAAGCAGUGCAGUCUUGCAAGCGUGGAUAUUGACAUCAUCCAUCCGAUGCUGCCCUUUGACGCUAUUGGAAACACUGUCGGUGCUGCAGAAGAUAACCUCAUAUCUAUGAUUUGCUAUGCAAAGACGCAAGAGAGAAACUGUAUAUUGCUGCUCGAUGACAUUGACAGCAUCUGUGGAAAAAUGGAAGAAUCGUCCAUGAUGAAUGGAGGCAUACCCGGAGGACAGCGAGAACCUCACCAAACGGCUCGAUUGCGUAACUUGUUUCUCUCGCUCCUGGAUAUGAUACAAAUAGGACAUUACGGCCAUUCCAAGGGUCGAAUGGUUCUGAUUUGCUCCGCGAAAGAAGAGUUUGGGCAAGAUAUCGAUAGAUUCGACAAAAUCCUACACCUGUUGCACCCGGACAAGGAAGAGAGGAAACAGAUCAUUUCCGACUAUGCCGGUGGCAACAAUUUCGUCGACAACUUGGUAGAUUGCACCGCGGGCUUUUCUCGGGCCGAAAUCUCCCACCACUGUCGACAAGCACUGUCGGCCUUGCACGCCAGAGGCCUCGAAGACUCCGAGACGAGCGACUUUGCAACCUACCUGAAGGAAAAACUCCAGUCGUCUACACCGGAAUCGCUGAAGACCGGCACGAACGCCGACUUUGUAGACAUGAGGGUGUUUUCGGCCCGGGACCUGCGGAAGCUCUACCCCAUCCGGGAUGCUAAACGUCCCGACGCCGACCUGCCCCUCUUCGGGGAGGGCGCCUGGGCCGCGUGGGAAGAGCUCCGGCGCCUCAUCGUCCUGCCGGUGUGCAGGGGCGACGCGCUGGACAAUAUUCUGUACCACCGCGGCGGCAGAUCAAGCAAGAAGACCUUCGUGGGCGGCGUGCUCCUCGCGGCACCGCCAGGAACCGGAAAGUCGACGCUCGCCUUCUUUGCCGCUGCGGUGGCGGCGUCUAUCAACCCCUCCAUAAAGCUGAUCGACGUGAGCUGUACGUCGCUCGUCCACAAGGAGGUCGGGGGCUCCGAGAAGGCCCUCCACCGCCUCUUUCGGAGCGCCCGGUCGGCGACGCCCUGCAUCGUGGUGAUGGACGGCAUCGAAACCAUCGCCGCCGUCCGGGGGAACGACAACACUACAGAGGGAACCAUGGACCGGAUUCUGUCGACGCUGCUGACAGAGCUGGACGGUGCCGAUGGCGAGGCACGCAGCGGCGGUCGUUCCACCGGUGGCGGCAUGGCCAUCAUUGCCACCACACAUGACCCGCAGUGGAUCGAUCCGGCGCUCCGCCGCCCCGGCCGGCUGGAACGGACCGUCUGGCUGCAAAAUCCCGAUGCGGAGGGACGGAAGCGCAUCGUCCUGAACGAGCUCGGUAACGCGGCGUACGAGCCCGACGAGGCACACCCUGAGCUGGAGACUCUGGAAAAGCUGGCGGUGAGGGUGGCCCUCGAAACGGAGGGACACACCGGGGCGGAGGUUGUUGCGAUCUGCAACGAAGCCAAGCUGUCUGCAUUCAACGAGUUUUUCCGGGGCGGCGGCGAAAAACGGGAUUUCGUUACCCCCCGGCUAGUGCUCGAAGCUGCUAGAAAUCAACGAGCCAACAGCUGAGGUUGGUGUUGAGAGAGAUCCUGUCUCGGAUUCGGACAUUUUGCAGGGGAGAGAAAGAAUGCGAAGCAUGACCAUAUAUGAAGACUUUUCCUAUCUUGUGAUCGUCACCCGCUGGUAAAAUAUAUUCCAUAUCGUUGU